CAUAAAGUGCAGGCAGGGGAAGGCAGGAGGACGGGAGGGAGAACCGUUAGCCGUUAGCCGUUAGCCUCCUUCUACUCCUCCUUCUUCUUCUCUUCUUCUUCACCGUGUGAACGUUGUUGUUGUGUUUGUUCCGUUCCCUCUUAUCCUCCCCUCUCCUCUUCUUCUCUCCUUUCUUCUUUUUCUUCUUCUUUAUCCUCCCGAUGAGUUCCUAUUUUGUCAACUCCACUUUCCCGGUGACGUUACCGGGAACGGGUGCCGGCGGACAGUCGGCGGAGUCGUUCCUCGGUCAGAUCCCGCUUUACUCGUCGGGAUACGCCGCUGACCACCCGCUCCGGCACUACUCGGGGGCGGCAGCCGUCACCGCCGCGCUGCCGUUGCGUACGGUGCGAGCGGCGGCUGUGCACCAGGACAAAUCGUAUCCGGCGUCCAGCUACUACCAGCAGGCGGCGAACGGAGGGGUACGGCGGGCACCGGGGUGCGCCAGGGUUGGUCUAGGGGGCGCAACAGGAGCCGGUGCAUGCGACUACGCCACGGCAGCGGCGGCCGCGGCGGCUGCGGCUGUGGCGACGAGCUUUUACCGGGAAAAGGAGCACCAAUGCAGCCUGGAGGAGCACCAGCUCGCCCUGAGCCAGGAAGGCAUGCACCGUAAAGCGGAGUGCGCGGGUCUGAGUGGGAAAGGGAUGUUCGGGGACCCGAUGGACGACAAGCAUUCAUCCGCCCCCAUUUAUCCGUGGAUGCAGCGGAUGAACUCGUGUAACGGGACCUUCGGCAGCCCCGGGAGGCGCGGGCGGCAGACGUACACGCGCUACCAGACGCUCGAGCUAGAGAAGGAGUUCCACUUCAACCGGUACCUCACGCGGCGGCGGCGGAUUGAGAUCGCGCACGCGCUCUGCCUCACGGAGCGGCAGAUCAAGAUCUGGUUCCAGAACCGGAGGAUGAAGUGGAAGAAGGAAAACAAGCUGAUGAACUCCUCUUCUUCCUCAUCCUCCUCUUCCUCCACGGUGAACGGUGUGGAGGAAGAGGAGAAACGGACGGAGUGAAAAAAAAGACUGAUGUAAAAAGAGUCAAAGACACUUGAAAAAAGGAAGAUGGAGAAAAAGACAUGGCGGUUAAUCCCUUUCCGUUUUCGUCCAGACUUGUGUCUGCUGGAAACUCCUGGGAAAAGUAUUUUAAUUUAACUUUCUUUACCUGAGCAGUGGUUGAAACAUUUACAGGACAGGAGGACGGGGAGAGGAAUCCUUUUUUGGAUCCCUCAUGAAAUGUUUCCAACUCUUUGUGUGGUCUCAACAUUGGGAAAUCAUUCGUAAGAGACUCGUGAAGCAACCACGUGACUGUUGAAAACACAUCUACAAACUAGAAAUAUAAAAAAGAGAAACACAAACUUAAAAUGUGAGAGGGGGUGGUGUUGUAUUUUGAAGUAUACAGUAAAUUAGUAACACGCCCCAUGUUUUGUUGCAUUCCGAGAACACCACCUCACUUCUUAUUCUACCUAGUUUUUAUUUUUUGUCAAAUGUACUUCCUGUCUGUCAGGCACUUAUUUUGAAGCUUAAGGACUCGACCAUCCUUUUUUCUACUUAUUUGUAAACGUGUUGUGUGUAUUAUACCUUCAAUUAACGUGCGUACACACACGAGGCGGGAGGGAAAGCUAUUUGAGGAGUGUAUGUAUGUCCUAUGGUGUUCAUAUUUAAACUGUAUAGAAAUAAGAAAGGAAAAAAUCAUGUAAAUGCGGGUCGGGGAGGUUGGGGUGGGGGGCUUAUUCCACCUUUCUAGGUGUUUUCCAACAUAGAGGGGGUGUUAACCUACUGAUGUUUUUCUCCAAACUACCUAAAGACGUUCAGGAAAGCGUUAUAUAUAUUUUAUGGAUUUUUACAUUGUUUAUGUUAGUGUUUUUGUCCAGUAAUUACGUAUAUACCUAUGAGAAAUGUUCAAUAAAAUGUUAAGUAUG